AUGGCCAAAUCUACUACUGCAUCCAUCUCAAAAAGUCAUUUGAUUGUCGAGCUUGAAAACAAGGUUCCUCAUGAUGAAGCAUGUGAGAAACUUAGCCAAAACUGUACGGAACUGCUCCUCUCUCUCCCUAGAAAGAAAGGCUGGACUAACCCAGACAUUUAUCUCUACAAAGGCAUUUGGUAUGGUCCAGCUCGAGUCAAAGCCGUAUACUCUUUCCAAAAGCACUUCCAAGCAAAAGACAACGAUAUCAUUAUAGCUUCUGCACCAAAGUCUGGCACUACUUGGUUGAAAGCCCUUACUUUUGCCAUUGUGAAUCGCAGUCGUUUCUCUCCCUCACAAAAUAACCAUCCUUUGCUUCUUUCCAAUGCUCAUGACCUUGUUCCUUUCUUUGAGUUCGACCUUUAUGAAAAUAGCCACAUUCCUGACUUCUCCAACUGCCUCGAACCGAGACUUUUUGGUACUCAUGUUCGAUUCCAUUCAUUGCCUGAGUCGAUUACCGAGUCCAAAUGUAAGAUAAUCUAUAUUUGUCGCAACCCAUUUGACAACUUCAUAUCCUUUUGGUUUUUUAUGAACAGGGUCCUACCACUACCAUCGUUACCCAAAUUAUCGAUUGAGGAAGCCUUCGAGAGGUAUUCCAAGGGGCUCACGGAAUUUGGUCCAUUUUGGAUAAACAUUUUAGAUUAUUGGAGGCAAAGCAAAGAGACACCAAACAAGGUUCUAUUUAUGAAGUAUGAGGAUUUGAAAGGAGACACCAAGCUUCACCUGAAAAGAGUUGCUGGGUUCUUAAAUUGUCCCUUUAACGUAGAGGAGGAAGCUAAUGGUGUUAUUCAAAACAUUAUUGAUCUGUGUAGCUUUGGGAAGAUGAAGGACUUGGAGGUAAACAAGACAGGAAAAUAUCUGCAGAUGUCUGAAAACAAGGACUUCUUUAGGAAAGGCGAAGUAGGAGAUUGGGUGAAUCACUUCUCCCCUUGGAUGGAAGAGAAAUUGUCCGAAGUGAUAGAAGAAAAGUUUGGUGAUUCUGGUUUGUGCUUUUAAUAGUUUUCAUCCAUUAAACUAUAUAUGCGUGCAAUAGUUUCUGCUGACUUCCGCUUUAGCUUCCGUUGUUCAUAUGUAUCGAAUCUAACUUUGCUUCUAGCCAUCAGCUUGGUUCUUGACUGUUUGUUCGGUUUUUGCAUUGGGUUACUUCUCCGUUCUUAUGAGUUCAAAAUUGAAGCUGCAAAAUUGAUUUCAAA